UCGUGAGCUGAAUUAUCUGCAACAAGGUUGUUGAGUCAUGCCACACUUUGCCAACAUUCAUCAUUCGGGGGUUUCGUGUGUUUCUGGUUAUGCUGUUAAAGUAGGACUAGUAGUAGUAGGAGGUGCUUUGCUACGUUUACACUUUUGCAGAAUAUCAAAGCAAAUUUAGAUGUGACAUUUCUGAAACUUGCAGAAAAAGGCAGUUUUAUUUUGUAGAAAAUGAAAUAAAAAUCCAGGGAUAUAUUUCCAACUUUUCUCAAUGUAUUUCCUAAAAACAAGGUCACAGAGGAGUUUAUUUUCUUUGAGAUUAAAACAAAUGUAUGAUCUACAAGAAGCAAAAAUCAAACAAUUUUUAAGCUGUAUGGAAGCCCAUUUAGGCCAAAAAAAUACCUAUUGUUGACAUGUUUUAACAUUAAUUAAUUCUUACUUUUUCAUCUUGUCAGUUUGUUGUUAGUCCUAUUUAAUACCUCACUUUUUAUUUUACUUUGCAUGUCUACGGAGGUAGAUUAGGGCCACUGGAAAAAAAAUUGUAGUUAAAGCAAAUGAUUUACUUUUUUACUCCCGACUUUUUUCUCAGAAUCAGAAUUCUGAGAUUAAAGUCAGAACUAAAAAAUAAAGCUCUAACUACAUUUUUUCAGUGGCCCCAAUCUUCUUCCAUAUGUGUCAACGCUUUAGUGCAUCAUCUCAUAAUUUUCUUGACUCUUUUGUAAUUUCAAUAUAUGCAGCCACACAACUUUUUUCUGUCUCUUUAUUCUGACUCACUAUGCCAUAAGUAGGCUAUAUACUGAUUUGUCUCGUACUUUUGACAAAGUAAGCAUAGGUAUCUUCUCCAUUUUUUGGUUAGAAAUGAGCUUCCAUGCAUGUCACCUCAUUUUCUUUUUAUCGCUGUAUGUUUGCGUACAUGUUAAGAUAUUAUCGAGGAUCUUUAUGUGAGUUCAAACAGCAAACUGAUCAAACUGAUGGUGAGAUGUGCCAGAAAUCGGACUGAAGCUCUUCACGGUUCUCAAUCAGGUGGAUGAAACCUGCCUUGAACAUUCAGGGGUGAUUUAAUGGCUUUUCCCUAAAUUGACUCGUAUUCACUCAAGUCCAAACUCAAGUGUGUUGACUGAAUUUUAUCCAAACACACAUGACACAUACACACUUUAUUAUCUUAUCAGUAAAAUAGUUGGGAUUGUUCCUUUGUUAUGUUGACUGUGACUUUUUUUUAUUAUUUUUUUUUUACUUCUUGCUAUGAAUUCUGUUUUUAUUUCAGGGAACUGUGCAUGGAAUUUAACCUUGAGUCGAGUAUUAUGUUAUGUUUUCUUUAUUUAGUAUUUUUGAGGGGGGAGUUAAGUAACUAAAUAAAGGAGACAAUUUGACGAAAAAUAAAAGAAACUGGUCGUGUUUAAUUGGCGUGGGGCAGAUCCACGCUGACGAGAGGUUGACCUGCAUUUGAUAGACAGGAGGAGGAGGUGGGAAAUAAACUGCUGCUGACGUGUCUGUGCGCCAAUAGGAAGCCGGGGAUGGCUCGCACGUUGGCACAAUUGGCUUAAAAAUAAAGACCCACUGCGUCCCAGAAGUUCCAGCAAUGAUUGGGUGUAGGAUUGUGCGCAGGAAAUCAUCAAGCUGUGUGUUUGAUAUUAGCCAGCGGGGGACGGAAGGCGGACGAUGCAUCAGCAGCAUUAUGUUGCUUUCAGUUUUCUGCAGUGUUUGUGUGCGGGAUUAGCCGCUACUUAGCCUUGUGUGUGUGCUUGUGUGUGUGUGUGUGUGUGUGUGUGCGUGCAGCCAGACGCAGGGCGCUCCGAGACGCCAGCCAGCCGCGUCAGGUGGAUGCGCCUGCAGUGAUCCAGGUCGCCCCUAUGGAUCGCGUCCAUGGAUGUCUUCAAACCCGCUUUGGACAAUAGUUUGAGUCCCAAGGCGUGCGUUCCCUCGUCGGAAGAAGCAGAGGCAGAUGUUUUCCGCUGGCCCACACCGGAGAAUGGCAUCCGCGCCGCGCCGGAGGCGGCACCGGCCGCACACUGUUUCUGGACGGCCGUGUUUGACUAUGAGGCGACUGCGGAAGACGAGCUCAGCCUUCGAAGGGGGGACCUGGUGGAGGUCCUGUCCAAGGAUUCCCUGGUGUCGGGUGAUGAGGGCUGGUGGACCGGUAUGAUAGCGGACCGGGUUGGCAUAUUCCCCUCCAAUUAUGUCAGCAAAGGGAAAGGCAUUCCGGAAGAAAUAGUACGGGACACCUCAGAGCAGCAGUACUCGGUGCCUCCUCUGCACCUCCUGGAGAUUGACUUCUCAGAGCUCACCCUGGAAGAAAUCAUCGGCGUCGGCGGUUUUGGGAAAGUGUACCGCGCGGUGUGGCGGGGCGCGGAGGUGGCGGUGAAGGCGGCGCGGCGGGACCCCGACGAGGACGAGGAGCAGACCCUGGAGAGCGUGCGCCAGGAGGCCAAGCUCUUCGCCAUGCUCAACCACCCCAACAUCAUGGGCCUGCUCGGGGUGUGCCUGCAGGAGCCCAACCUGUGCCUGGUCAUGGAGUACGCUCGGGGAGGCCCCCUCAACCGGGCCCUCGCCGGGAAGCGGAUCCCUCCGUGCACGCUCGUGGACUGGGCCGUGCAGAUCGCGCGCGGCAUGCUCUACCUCCACAGCCAGGCCAUCGUCCCCAUCAUUCACCGGGACCUCAAGUCCAGCAACAUCCUAAUCCUCGAGAGGGUUGAGAUGGAGGACCUCAGCAACAAGACUCUGAAGAUCACGGACUUCGGCCUGGCUCGGGAGUGGCACCGCACCACCAAGAUGAGCGCCGCUGGCACCUACGCCUGGAUGGCUCCUGAGGUCAUCCGCUCGUCCACAUUCUCCAAGGGUAGCGACGUGUGGAGUUAUGGCGUGCUGCUGUGGGAGCUGCUGACUGGAGAAGUUCCAUUUCGAGGAAUAGACGGUCUCGCAGUAGCUUACGGAGUGGCAAUGAACAAACUGGCUUUGCCCGUUCCCUCCACUUGUCCCGAGCCUUUUGCACGUCUCAUGGAGGACUGCUGGAGCUCAGACCCUCACUCUCGGCCGCAGUUCACGACCGUCCUAGACCAUCUGACGGCCAUCGAGGAGUCGGGCUUCUUUGAAAUGCCAGUGGAGUCCUUCCACUCUCUGCAGGAUGACUGGAAGCUGGAGAUCCAGGAAAUGUUUGAUCAGCUGAGGACCAAGGAAAAGGAGCUGCGAUCGUGGGAAGAGGAGCUGACACAGGCGGCUCUGCAGCAGAAGUGUCAGGAGGAGGCGUUGCGGAGGCGUGAGCAGGAACUGGCCGAACGGGAGAUCCACAUCCUGGAGCGAGAGCUCAACAUCAUCAUUCACCAGCUCUACCAGGAAAAGCCUCACGUGGAGAGCAGGCAGGGGAAGUUCCGCCGCAACCGCCUUAAACUCAAGGAUGGAAACAGGAUCAGCUUGCCUUCAGAUUUUCAGCACAAAAUCACAGUGCAGGCCUCCCCUUCACAUGACCGACGGAAGAGUUUGCUCAGCAGCAGCUCCAGCCCUCCGAGUAGUCCUCCGAUACUGCCUCGCCUGAGAGCCAUCCAGCUCACUCCAGGGGAGGGGUGUACAGCCUGGGGUCGCAACACAGGCUUCCAGCUGGAUGAUGAGGACAGUGAGAGGAAGGGGUCCAGGAAGAAGGGUAGAUCCCGUGGCGGAUGUGGGCCGUACAGGGAGCACAGCGCCGACGCCAGUGUGAAGCCCCCCCAUGAGGCCAGCAGACAGCGAUCCUGCAGCGCCCCGAACCUUCGCAGAUCCCCGAGACACAGUCCAGCAGUGCCUGGAGUGCCAAGCCUUGUGGAGAUGGAAAAUGAAGACUGCUGCUUCACUACUGAGCCAGGAGCAGCUCCUGGUCAGACCUACCUCUGCGUUCCUUUCCACAAGGAGGGCCACACAGCCUCGGCCUCUGACGGCGAUGGAGACGAGUACUGCAUCAGCAGCCAGGUGCCAGGGACCCCCCCAUGCAGGAAGAGCCCAGCUGGGGGCCGGCGUUCUGAGCUGGUCCUGUUGGGCUGCGGCGCCCUGCUGGCGGCCGUCGGACUCGGCUGCAACCUGCUGACUCUGGCCCAACCGGAGGAGAGCAUCAAACCGCGGUGGGAGGGCUUCUUCCACAGGACGGGGGGCCAGAGGCGAAGCACCAGCCCCCCGACUCGCAGACUGUUCCGGCGGGAGAGCCCGCUGAAACCCUCGGCGCCCUCACUCCCCGAGCGAGGCUUGCCCUCCACGUACACGCUGCUGUCCUUAUCUUCUGUUUCUGACUGCAACUCCACUCGUUCGCUGCUGCGCCUGGACAGCGAGGAGCUGCUGGUCUGUGGCCCCGCCUCGCCGCCGCCACCUCCAAAACAUCACCUCCCCCCUCCCCUCUCACACCUUCACGCCACCCCAAUCAACCCGCUGGUCAACACCCACCUGGAGAGCUUCAAGCGCAACCCCCGCCAGUCUCUCACCCCCACGCACGUCCCCUCUGCCCCGACCUCCUCGCGGAGCCUGCGCCGGACGCCGUCAGACGGAGCCAUCAAGAAGAGCAGCCCCGGGAAUAAUCUGGAAACGUUGCCAGAGAAGACGACGCUGGAGAGCACAGGCGUCUUCAGAGGUUUAAAAGAAGACUUUCCUGAAGUCCCUCGGCUCCCCGACCCAAACGUGGUGUUCCCCCCGACGCCGCGCCGCCGCUGUGCUCCCGAACGCCCCAAAACCCUGGACUUUGUGGCGCGGCCUCGGCCCUCGCCGCGAGCUCGCUGUGAAGUGUUUUGGCCGGAGGCGAGGCCCAGGGGAAACGGACAUGCGCUCGGUAACGGAGAGUCCCCCGCCCACACCUCCAGCACAGAGACUCCGCCCACCGUGGAGUUCGGCAGGGACCCGGCGCCCACCCCCAUGCUGCCCACCCCCAUGGAAGCGCCUACGCCCUACAGCCCCCGCAGAAACGAAAACCUGCUGGAUCAGCUGGACGAGGGACAGUGUCGGGACGGAACGGUCCCCCUCUGCAGACCGGAGAUCAGCCUUUCCAAAGACUCACCUUAUCGAUUCAAACCGGGAUUCUGGUCCUAACUCGGUCGGGACUUUCACCGGUCCGACACAGGGAGGGACUGCACCUGCUGUUAGCCUUUGGAUUGUCACAAGUCUGGCUCACUUAGUUCUUGCAAAUUGAAUUUGCUCUCCAUCUAAAUGUUGUUACCAAAUUACGAGAAGACAUCUGUUGUGAUUAUUUCAUAAUUCUGACAUUUGUUUGUAAUUUCCUUCUAGUUUGGUAUCUAAAAACCCUCCAUAAAAAGCAUUUUGAAAAUCGUUUUUGACCCCGAUCUGGUUGUUGAUGCAUUAGAAGAUUCAGAGAUUCUGGGUACGAACUGAUGAGUGUUUUUAAUCGCAGAACGGCAUCGUCGCUUUCACAGAGCUUUACACACUUUUCUCAAGUUCAAGAUUGUGCAUUUAAUGAAGUGCACUUCUGGAAAGCGUCAUGAAUGUAAAGCUUCACGUUUAGUUUUUUUGUUUUGUUUUCCAUUGUUAAAAAACCCUGACUUGCCAUUAGUUUGUGACAGCAUUUACAGUUACUUGGUUGUUUAUCUGUGUAGCUCUCACUCAUGUCCAUGUGGUGGACAGAUUCCCGUUUGGUUCCGACCGCCCAUCACACCCGAUCACAUCUGCAGAGAGAUGUAUCCCAGAAGUGGGGAAGCUGUUGUAUAAUAUGAGCACUUCUUUGCAUUUGCAAGAAAUGGCGUCAGCACAAUAAUGUCUGACGUCAUAUCGUGACCUGUACAGUGAACUGUACUAUAAAAGAGAACGUCACUACUGCUUGAGUUGAAAUUAAACACUGUCGGAAAGAAACAAGGAAUAAAUCAAAGAACUCAUCCAUCCUUUAUCUUUUUUUUUUUUUUUUUUUUUUUGUGAGGCUCUGUCAGUUGAGAACCGUUUCUCCCAAAAACUAAAAAGGGAACUCUGUAAAUUGUCUGCCUCAUAAAUUAUUCAUCGGUGGGAAGAGUUUUUGUUUUUAGGUCAUGUGAGCAACAAACUGCAUGAGCCCUGGUGGCGUGUGGAUGUUCACUCCUGAUUGUUUAUAUUUGUACUGAUUUAUUUUGUUGUAUUUAUUGAUUAAUUUAUUGGAUGGUUUAUUUUUAUAAUUCAUUUUAUUUGCCUUGAUUUUUUUGACACUUGUUAUUGCGUUUCUCAGCAUUUGCACAAAUCAUCUGGUUUCGUUGGUUUCCGUCCGCUUCGCUGCACAUCAAAUUCAGGGAAAAGACCGAGUUUGGCUUUUAUUAAUCUGAUGGGCAUCUCUUGUUAUUUUCUGUCACUUUAAAGACUGAGCAGUUAAUCGAGUUAUUGAGAAAAUGACUGACAAAUUGAUCAAAAAAUGUCAAAUAAAUAGGUUUUGCAGAGCCAAAUGCAUGUAAAAAUGGUUGUACACAUGAUCCUGUGUCCAUAUAUUCAGUUCGUCAAUAUCAGAUGAGGGUUGAAUAUUAUUUUUAGAUCAUUUUCUGAUUGUUUUAACUUGCUGCAUAGUGCAAUUUACAACAUUAUUGGAGGGAGAAUUUACUCUGCUUCUGCCAGAGGUGAAAUCCUGCCCAACAACUGUCAGCCCACCAGGUUUAAAAAGAAAAUAACUACAAAACUUGUCUGAAAAUAAUUUAUUGAAGUACUGUCUGACUCGUCUUAAUGCCUGGUUUUUCUCAUUUUAUUUUCAAAUGUUAAGUGACCUCUGAUAUUUGGUCUGUCUAUCCUAAGCGUGACCCGUCAUACAUGUAAAUGUGAAUGCUUUUUUCUCUGAGGACUGCGCAGAAUGUGAUCAUACUCAAUGUACAAACACAGUAAUUUCAACUACCGGUGCUAGUUGAUACGAAGCUGAGGUGUUAUUAUCUGUAUGAAAUGUUACCACGAAUAAGCUGAACUUAUGUUGCUACUGGACUUUGUUCAGGUUGGGAAUAAUACUGUUACUGACUGACUUGUAUUUGCACUGGAACACACUGAUUUGAGUAAAAAUCAUACUAAACAAU